AUGAAGUUCACUCUCAUCUUCCUUACUACCGCCAUUGCUGGCGUCAUCGCAGCACCACCCCAGGAAUCCCGCGAUGGCUUGGGCGAGGCAGACCUCGAAGCCCGCGCUUCUUGCUGGAACAGAAGCGGCUGUGGUCGAGCUUGGAGUGGCAAGUGCGAGGACUAUUGCAAGCCCUACAAGUUCUCUCACAUGGCGAAGACCGACUGUGGCUGCAAAGCUGAUAUCAAGGUCACCAUGCGGUCUUUGGGAGCUUUUUGGGCCUGGGGCGGUGGCAGUAUGGCCUUCUCUACUGGUUCGGGUUGGAGAAACACGUCGUGGCAAGAUUGCAGAAGGGGUCUUGUAGGAGUUCCGGUUCUCGGCACUGUAAAUAUUUCCGAAUUGUAA